AAAAUUUUUUUUUUUUUUUUAUCAUUAUUAUUGAAAAAAUUGAAGGCAUAAAUCCAACAUUUCAACUUUAAUCAUGUUUCAAGAAAUGCCCUACAUGAGGUAAUUUUAUAGACACAAAGCCAUGCCCUUCAGUGUCCCUGGAAUUAUAUAAACUCCCAGUGCCUCCACCAUGGAUGAAAAGGUUGAAUGUUGGCUACAUCUUAAUAUUUUUGAACUGAUAUACAGUGGUGAGAACUAAUUAGAAGCCAGCAGUCUAAAUUUCUGCAGAAAAUUCUUCUGAUUAGUCCUCAACUCAUAGCAGCCUAUGUAGUAGCAGAAACAGCCAAAACCCUCCCCCAACCUCUUCCCAUCCAAGCUCUAUUUAAAGGCUAUAACCCUUUGCGUAUGUGUGCAAGAGAAUUGAGAUAUAAAAAAGAGGGAAAGAGAGGAGAAGUUUGCUGCCAUGGCCAAUUCUGCAGUGCUUAAGCUAGCAUGCACUGUAGUUCUUGUGUGCUUGUUGGUAACUGCUCCUCAGGCAGAUGCCACGGUAACAUGCAGCCAGGUGACACAGCUGCUGAACCCUUGUGUCAACUACCUAAUCUAUGGCGGGGCAAUACCUUCCUCCUGUUGUGCUGGUGUAAAGCAGGUUAAAGCAGCUUCCAGGACUGGAGAAGAUAGGAGAACUGCAUGCAGCUGCAUCCAGGAUGGUGCUGCAAUGAUCCCUGGAAUCGACUAUAACCUCGUCGCCUCCCUCCCAUCUCAAUGUGGGGUUUCCUUGCCCUACAAGAUCAGUCCCUCCACUGACUGCUCAAGGAUCAACUGAGUCUUCAAAUCUGGAAAUGGAUUCCUAAUGAUAAGAGAAUAAAGAUUUGUGGGAAGAAGGUUGUGACCCUGGAAAGCUAGUGUCCAUUUCCAUUGUUCGAAGCCUGCCUUAUCGUAGUUGUAUUUGAAAUUCAAUCAUGUAAUAAAAUCGUGGUCCGUGUGGAAUGCAUGUUCCGCCUCAUUAUGAUCAUGUGGUUCAAUAAAAGACGAAAUUUCGUUACAAA